CAUGGAAGUGCCUCUCCGUCUCCUUUCAUGGUGGGCUGCACUGUUGCCUAUCAACAGAAUUGGUGAAAAAUCAAAUAAAUGCCUUUUAUUAAAAUAGUCAACCUCUGAAUCAGCUGCUGAGACAUUUGUAAUACUUAGAAAAUGGCUUCAUCAAAAGAGCAAGUUGAAAUUUCCAAAUUUAUGGGUUUUCUACAGGACUGGGACCAUGGCUCCAAAGCUACCCGGCAACAUAUACUGAAUGACUUUAUAAAUACGAGUAGAGGUAAAACAAGUCCAGAGCUGGAAUUACAGUUUGCUCAAGGAGCUAGUUUGUUUCUCACUAGGUUGACAGCAUGGCUCAGAAUAACUUACAUGGUUGGUACCUGUGUAACUGAGCAAUUACAAGCCAUUGGUAUAUUUUAUCAGCAGCAAGUGGGUAAUCAUCGAUAUCUGGUAGAAGUUUUAGAAGUUGGUGGCCUUUUGACAUUUCUGGAGAUUCUGAAACUAAAACAAUUGCAAGAAGAUGCCAAACAAGAAGCAUUAAAAUUGCUUCAAAUUAUUGCAAAUGCUGGACGAAAGUACAAAGAAUUAAUCUGUGAAAGCUAUGGAGUGAAAAACAUUGCAGAAUGUUUAGCAAACUCGAAAUUGGAAAAGACCCAAGAACAGGCUCAGAUCUUGUUAGAACAAUUAGCCCAAGGCAAUCCAAAGUAUCAACUGCAAGUUUACAAAGGAUUAAUCGCAUUAUUGCCCUGUGCCUCCCCUAAAGUUCAACAAAUGGCCCUUCAGGCAUUGAGGACUCUACAGAGUGUUGUGAAGAUGGUGCAUCCUUGUAUUGUUGAACCUCUUUUGGACAUACUGAGAUCCAUACAUUAUGAAGUGCAAUAUGAAGUAAUUGAAUUCAUCAAGCUACUCCUGAAUUAUAAAGUACGACAAGCUUUGCUUGAAGGAUUAGUUGCACGUCUAACUCCAUCAAUGGACAACAUAAAGAAUCGACCAAAAAUUCUUUAUGGAACCCACAUCAAACCUACAGAAUCCUCACCAUUGUAUGUACAACAAGCUGCGGCAGCAAAAGUUAUAGGUAUAAUAAUUAAAGAAUCUACUGACAUAGCUGAGGAACUGUUGCAGCUCCGAGUGGUACAUCAUCUCAUGAUUGCCAUGGGGAACCUGGAAUAUGCUGACAGCCAAAAACAAGCUUGCUUGGCAGUGGAAUACCUGAUUCAUACAUUUCCGGUUGUGGAAGAACAUGUACGAAAAGCCAUGGGAGAACCAUUUUAUGAAUUGUAUAUGAAAAAUCCAGAGAAUAUGUACUUGAAAAUGGACUCGAUCCAAGCUGCCGUUUUGGUUGAGAACAAAGUCAAUAUUCCAGGAUCAGCUGAAGUAGAAGCAGAAUAACCAAGCUGUCUGCAGCAGCACAAGAUGAAGCUAUUUUUAAGCAAAAAGUGUCAUAGUAAAAUUGUUCUGAAUUUAUUACAUUUUCAAACAAACAUCAAGGACAAAGAAUGAAAGUGCUUGGAUUAUUUCAAGAUCUUUUUCAUUCCAUCGUAAAACAUAGUAGGAAUUCAUUUCACUGACAAUGGAAUGCAUCAUCAAUCAUCAAGCAAUGGCAGUUGAACUGCUUUUAACAACGUGAAACUUCAUUGGUCUAAGUCCACCUCUUUA